AUGAGUCUGACAGAAGAGCAGCUACAGUGUAUAUUAAACGCUGUAGUACAGUUACAUACAGUGCAACAGCCUACGACACAGCCGCAGAAGAGUGGGAGCUUCGCUAACUGCAGUACGCGAUUCAGCGGAAACAGAGACCCAGCUGAAGUGGACCAUUUCUUGACAACGGUGGCGAUAUACAAAGAAAUAGAAGGGAUAAGCGACGAAAAUGCGAUAAAAGGAUUACCGCUUCUUCUAACGGAUACUGCUGCACUAUGGUGGAAAGGGAACAAAGAGCAAGCAAAUAACUGGAAGCACGCGCUUGAACUAUUACAAAAAGCAUUCUCACCGAAGAAGGCGCCAUACCAGAUUUACUUAGAAAUAUUUGGAAAGCAUCAAGACGAAAUCAUGGCGACCGAUCUUUUUGUGUGUGAAAAAAAGGCUGAGAAUGAGGAAAUUAAUCAACGCACAUAG